AGAAGUUGGUGUAGUUUCGACAAACUCUGGUCACCACUAACAAGUAGAGCUAAGAAGAAAUAACCAGUUGCUUCAUACCUUUUCAUUUAUCUUAAGGGCUUUUCAUAUCAACGUAACAUUAUUACAUAUGGUAUCUAAGGUGACCUUGCUUAAUUGGUCAUCAUUAUUUAGUUAGCGUUAUCUAAAAAAAAAAACCGGCAAAGACCAGAGCGGGCGCUUCUGGAUUUAUGUCCCACUCAGGUUCAAAUUAACGGCACAUUGCUGUGUCGUUCAACAGUCCAGCUAACGUUAUUCCUGGAUGGGCUGUUUUUUUAGUCUCCUGCAAUUAAUGAAUAGGCUACUUAUUCCUCGGAGAGUCUCGCAUCCUCCGCUGGGUGGUCUCGUAUGAACCGUGUCGAGGCAGCGACGAGGGGUCGGGGGCUCCGCCAGCAGAGCCCGGCUUCAGGAUGAGGAUGCCCAGAGGAGGACGCCUGUUCCUGGCGACGUGCCUUGGCUCGCUCUUCGUUCUCGUGCUUUACUUUCAGAGCAUCACCAACCCAGAACCUGAUGUGAAAACAGACAGCAGACCAGGGAAAAGCAGGAGAAGUCCACUGCAGACCCUCUACAAUGGAGACCAGCAGCUGGAGCUGCUGGCAGCUCAGAGGUCCCUCCAAGGUCGCAGGGAGCUGUUGGAGCAGGCGUGUCUGAGCCACACGAGGAAGCGCCAAGUGCUUUCGCCUGAGGAUCUCAAACACCUCAUUGUGGAUGAUAAACACAGCCUUAUUUACUGCUACGUGCCCAAGGUAGCCUGCACCAAUUGGAAGCGUGUCCUUAUGGUCCUCACCAGUGACGGCCGCUACACCGACCCCCUUGCCAUCCCUGCAAAUGAGGCCCAUGUGGCAGGUAACCUCCGCACGCUGUCCGAGUUUUCAGUGCCUGAGAUUAACCAGCGCCUUCGCAGUUACCUCAAGUUCAUCUUCGUGCGGGAGCCCUUCGAGCGCCUGGUGUCCGCCUACCGUAACAAGUUCACCCGGAGCUACAACACCGCUUUCCACAAACGCUACGGAACCAAGAUCAUCCGCCGGCACCGGCCUGAGCCUGAGCGCGAAGCACUGGAGAAAGGGAAUGACGUUUCUUUCCACGAGUUUGUCCAGUACCUUGUGGACCCUCGGACCCAACGGGAGGAACCUUUUAACGAGCACUGGGAGCGGGUGCACUCCCUCUGCCACCCCUGCAUGAUUCACUAUGAUGUAGUGGGGAAGUACGAGACUCUGGAGCCAGAUGCUCAGGCUGUGCUCAGUUUGGCGGGAGUAGAAGGGACUCUUCAGUUUCCAACGUCUGGUAAAAGCACCAGGACUGAUGGCAAUAUGGCAGCACGCUACUUUAAGCACAUCAGUCCUUUCUACCAGAAGAAACUGUUCAACCUGUAUCGAAUGGACUUCCUGCUCUUCAACUACUCCACACCGGAGUACCUCAGUUCUCGAUGAGGGGCGGAGGAAAGAGGAUUGACAUCAGUGCCGUGCAUUAGUGAUGAUCAUUUUGCACUUUUUGGUUGCCAUCCCUGCCCAGAGUGGUCCAUCACAAGCACUGACUUGUCGCUGUGACCCUCCAACAGAAACCGUUGUGGAGACUUGAUGUUUUGGUUUCAGUAAAUUGGAACUUUUGUAAAUGGAACCAAAUUUCUUCCUGAGAAGAAAAGACAGUUUACGCUGUAAUCUACCACCACGCAUCUGUCACUUUUUGCCAGUUUGCUUUGUAGUGUGAAAAUGGUUUGUUGUUAUGACGUUUAGCAGAACAGAACGGGUCAUUCCCAAAAUGUGUUUGUAAAGACAUAAUGUGUCACCUGCAGUCCUCAAACAGUGUCCCACUACAGUAAAAGUUGUCCCUCGGCUUGUUCUUUCGAGAACUAAUGAGCCAUAAAUUAAAGUCACACUUCUGAGGAGCAGGUUCUCCUCUUGCACGGAUGAAUGUGCUGACUGUGAAACUGAACACAGCAGAUUCAUUCAAAGCACCUAUCUCUGGAUGGCUUUUAUUUAUACUACGUCAGUGCAUAAAGUAUUUAUUGUUACGGAAACAGUGUGUGUUAGUGAGGAUUAGGGCUAAUUAUUUUAUAAAAAAAUAUUUUAUAUGAAAGAAGAGUUUCUCUUUUUCAGAGAGAUUUCUUUCUGCAUGGAAAGUUACUUGCUGUGUUUGCUUUUGCACAAAAACUCAUGCCAAAUCAAAAUCUUCUAGACACUUCAAAAAUCCUCAAACCCUUUUUUUUUUACUUUCCCGUUUAAGCCCUAUUUUAAAAUCCAUUGCCUGGGCUUGUUUUAUUUAGCUUAUCACAGAGCUCGUUGACUCAAUCUUAACAUGUUUUACAGUCAUUUCCAGUGAAAAUCGCUGUCUCUCCUUAAUUCCAGUAAAAAGUUUGUUACCAUCCAUCCUCUAUCACUGUCUGUAUUUAGCUCUGGGCAGGUAGGCUGAACAAACAACCACAUAGCUGUGGUCGGGGCUGGGUCUGGCGCAGCUCUACCCCUGCUCAGAGCUCCCCUUGUUAGUGGGAAUGCAGGCACAUGGAGGCGUUAAUCCACCUACAGGCAUCUCCACUGCAGGGCCUUGUUCAGCAAAUGGGACAGAAUUUACAUUAAGAAUAAUAAAGAGUUUGAUGUAGGAAAAUGUUUGUUAAUGACCUGUACUGCGAAAAUAUCAGUUUUAACCAAUUUCUUCACAUAGUCUUUAGUGUUUAAAUAGGAACUCCACACAUUACACAUCAAAGCUUUGCCCUAAUUAACCUCUAGUACUACAGCAUGGCUAGGUUUCAACAAGGAAGAAGAAGACAUGGAAUAAAAAAAGACGAUAUCUAUAAACUUUCUUUUUGAAACUGUCCAUCGUGAGUGCGACAACGUUAUAGGGUCAUAACAUCAGUGGAGUACUCUUUCAAGGCCAUUAUACCGUAUAAUGAAUAAAACCAUCCAACAUAUUUACAUAAUUGCAAUUUAAACAGUCUAGGUUUAGUCUAUGACGUAUUAUUAUUAUUAUUAUUAUUAUUAUUAUUAUUAUUAUUAUUAUUUAUUGUAAAUUCCUGAACAAUUUCUCUGAGAUUUCAUGAAAGAUUAUGUAACUUGGCACUUAUUGUAAGUAAGACAGAAACUGGGGUUCUAGUAAACUAUUUCCAAUUAAAUAAAACAUUUGCAAAUUGUCUACAGGUGAGCCUACAGUUCAACUUAUACAAAGAAAAAAGUUAUCAAGGAAAUGUAACAGUUGACUAAACUCUGACUAAAACUAGAAUGGGACUCUGAGAGCGCAGACGUCCGCCAAGGUUAAUGCUGCAUUCACUUGCUCCUUGGGUGGUCCCAUUCCAACGUUGGGAAGUUUGUUCCUGAGCUUCAAGUUGUAAUGUGAUAACAACACAGACGCUAGAUUUGUUGCAUGAUAUCGUUCAAUAUCAUAUAUAUAAUAUAAAAGACCAUUUCCCCAGUUCUGCUUGACAAUACAAGACGGCAUUGAAAUAACCAGAACCUGUUUAAUUUCAUCUCUUUAUCUUCCAGAUUUCUUUUUUAAAAGUUGUCAUCUUGCUGAAGCAUACUGUCAGACAGACCCAGGCAGUCUGGAAACAUUGCUGCCUGUAGUAACGCUUUGAAAAGUGCAAUAACUGUGUGAGAGAAUCUGUAAUGUGUUCAAAUCUGUGCCUUUAUGAGUGACUUCCUCUCUCAUUGAAGCCUUACAUUUGUGCCAUCAUGCUUAUGCCACAUCUUGUUUUUAUUUUUGCUAUGAAUGCAGUCGUGGAUUACGUGCGUGCGUGCGUGUGGUAUUUUUUGUCAAACUCCGAUAUUCUCCCAAAGGGAGUUUUUCUUCCUGUAAGUUAUGGACCGGGGUCAAGUGAGCUGUCGUCUGUGAAAAUCCGGUCAAGCCUGCCGCCGUUUGGAUUUCGAAGUGCGUAUAUUCCUGUUACGGUAGAGGUGUUUGUAGCGGCAAAAAAGACCAGUAAUAUUUUCUUAAAUUUGAUAUACCAAGUACAAACGACACAAUACGAUUUGAAGUUGUUUUACUCUAAAGGUUUUAAAAAAUCAAAUAUUUUAAGGGAGUCAACUGCCCUCAUCCAGCCCAGGCAGCAUCCCCCCCCCCCCCCAAAAAAAAAGCAGUAAACCUAGGGGAAACACUGGAACCUGACUGGAGAAUUAGCGCCACCAGCUGUUUAUCUUAGUGAAUCAACACCUAAUACUUCCACGGCUAGACAUUUGCUUUAAUUAACAUUUUUCUUUGCCCAUUUUCCAGAUUUGUGGUUAACAUUUGCACUGAAUUUGGAUGGAAACCUGGCUGGUGUCAUUAUUGAUGCUUCCACAUGAUGGCACUAAAGUGGUGGAUUUAGGCAAUGCUGCCAAAAAUAACACAUAUUUCAUUACACUGUUGGGUUUUAUUAAAAUAUAACUGUUCAUAGCCACAAAAUCACAUUAACACUCACCAAACAUUUGUCUCAUUUUUGAUUCCACACUUCCACACCAUCUCUGCGCACACAUAAGACAUGACAUACUGCAGGUGUGGAAGCUCAGGUGACAGUGAACACAGCAUUAUUAGAAAAGAAAGGCAUUUCAAAAGCCCCUAAAGUCUUAAUGUGGCAGUGUCAACUACGACGUACGGUACAAAGUUUUGCCAACAGAAAGCAAAAAAGACUGUUGCAACAUUUAAAUAAAGCCAUUAUUUCUUAUUUUUACAUUGACAUGGUUGAUUUGACAUAAGACACAUUUGACAUUAACUUUGUUUUCAAGGCAACCUUAGACUACGAUUAAAAGAAUGGUGCAAGUUUACAUUCAGGUAUUUUGCCAUCACUUGUUUACAUGAUUAUUAAUAGGGCUGGAUGAUAAAACUAUUUUAUUAAAAAAGGGAAUAGUUCAACAUUUUUGGGAAAUAUUCUUAUUUAAAAGUCUUGGCAAUAAAGUGAAUAAACAUAUUUCCCAAACCAGUUAACUAUUACUUUAACUUACCAUUAUUAUUACCUGCCUAAAUUUAGUUAUUAUCAAAAGAAUUCUAAUAAAUUAUCCCGAAUUCCAUAUUUUAACAGAAACCAACCACAUUUAUUCAGGCGUUAAACCAACGAAUCUGUUUAGAGUCUUUACUCGUCAGACUGUAGUUAACAAGGACAAACAUCAGAAGUGAGACAACACAAUAAAUAAUAAAAACAGUGACAAUUUACAAUAAUGAUAAAGAUGCUCUGCUAUCGUCCAGCCCUACGGAUUAAGACACAUGUACAGUAUGUGCUGGUACAACACAACCUUAGCUGUGGUCUAAUUCUCACAGUAUCACAGUUAACACAUGAAAUUAACUGUGAUUCAAAUAUUAAUAUUUCAUGACCUAGUGUAGAAAUGACUGUGUGUGACUGUGCAACAGUAAAAGCUUUGAGCGAAGCACUUUUAACACUGAAACACCUCACGUAAAAGAUCAAUUGUUGACACGACAGGCUCUUUUCAGAAAUGCCUCAGAUUUCAGUGUUUAUGAAGUAUAAUUAGUAACGGCAAACUUCAAAAAUCUUACAUGUGACUUCAUGAGUGCAUUUACACACGUUUGUAUUUCUGUGUUAUUUUGAGAAAUUGUGUUUUUGGGAGUAAAUUCAUAUAAGAAACGAUA